CUCACUUUAAAAUCUUGAUUAACGUUACGAUGCCGCUUGUUGUGGUGUUGUGCAUAUAAAGAAAUACUAAAUCAAUUGUCAAUCAUCUAUCACGAUGGAGAUUUUGCGGGAUGAUGAAGAACAAGAGCUCAAAUAUAAACGUACGGGUCGUUUGGACAUGAGCCACGGUUUCUUACACCACAUUCGAAGGAACCAGAUCGCCAGGUGAAUCACUAAACGUUCAUGUUAAUCUGAGCUAACACGUGGGGGUAUAUAUUUUAUCAAUGUAAUCAAUUCUGAGAGCGUGCAGUUGUUCAAUUUCGAGUGUUUUCUACAUAACGUUGAAAUUCAUCGCUAGUACGCCAACCACUUCUGGGCAUGCGCACAACGUCUAACAGAGAUCUUCCCCUCCCUAACUAUAACCAAAGACUGUUUAUUAUCUUGAUAAUAUAUACAUGUGACCGCUCUAACAAUGGAAAUGCAUGUCCUCAAAGAUGGAAGGCAGGCGAGAUCAGGUGGGACCAUUCUAGCCAAUUAGAGGGCAGAUACGCGUGUGAACAACAGGCCAUAUAGAUAGAGGACUCAUCUUUGUAUCUGUGCCAUUAUAAAUCAAAAUGUAUUUACAUUUUAGUCAUUUAGCAGAUGCUCUUAUCCAGAGCGACUUACAGUUAGUGCAUACAUUAAUUUUUUUCAUACUGGCCCCCCGUGGGAAUCAAACCCACAACCCUGGCGUUGCAAACGCCAUGCUCUACCAACUGAGCUACAUCCCUGCCGGCCAUUCCCUCCCCUACCCUGGACGACGCUGGGCCAAUUGUGCGCCGCCCCAUGGGUCUCCCGGUCGCGGCCGGCUACGACAGAGCCUGGAUUAGAACCAGGAUCUCUAGUGGCACAGCUAGCCUUAGACCACUGCGCCACUCGGGAGAUAUUUGUCACGUACACAGAUUUGCAGGUGCUGCGAAAUGCUUGUGUUUAUAGUUCCAACAGUGCAGUAAGGAUACCUAGCAAUACAAACAAUAAGCACAUAAUCCAAAAAUUGAAAUAUCAGAAUGAGCAAUGUCAGAGUCCGUAAUAUAUAAAUGAUAUUGCUCAUUCUGAUAUACAUUUCUUUACUUUAACUUUUUAGAUUAUGUGCGUAUUGUUUGUCUUUGACUUGGGUGGCUGGAGUCUUUGACAAUUUUUAUAAUAAAUAAUAAUAAUAAUAUGCCAUUUAGCAGAUGCUUUUAUCCAAAGUGACUUACAGUCAUGCGUGCAUACAUUUUUUUUGUGUAUGGGUGGUCCCGGGGAUCGAACCCACUACCUUGGCGUUACAAGCGCCGUGCUCUACCAGCUGAGCUACAGAGGAUCUUCCUCAGAGACCACCAGGUAUAGAAGUCCUGGAUGGCAGGGAGCUCGGCCCCAGUGAUGUACUGGGCCGUACGCGUACGCACUACCCUCUCUCUGUAUGUAGUGCCUUGCGGUUGGAUGCCAAGCAUUUGCCGUACCAAGCGGUGAUGCUCUCUACAUGUUUUGAUGGAUCCUUUACACUGACUUGUUACUUUGAUGUCUUGCAGAGAUGACUAUGAUAAGCAGGUGAAGCAGGCCAAUGAGCAUCAGAGGCCCAGGCAAAGCACUACCCCCCGACACCCCCGACGUCCAGACAUCCAAGUGUACCAUCCUCGACGUGGAAGUAAGAAAACACUGCUGCUAGUAUGAACUCUUCUGUUAACUUGAUGGAAGGCUCUGGUAAGUGGUGAUUUAUGAAUGUAUGCAUGUAUGUAUAUGCCUCCAGAUGGAUCUGAGCCAGGAGUGGGUGCAGAGACUGAGGAGUGGAAUGAGAGUGGGUCCAGUACAGAGCCAGAGACCCAUGGAACUGAGCUCUUCUGGCUGGACUACCAGGCUGACUCUGGCCGUGUCACCUCCUACAUCGUACUCAAGGUCUGUCUGUCAAAUCAAAGUUUAUUGGUCACAUACAUACACUACAUGGCCAAGAGUAUGUGGACACCUGCUCAUUAACAUCUCAUUCCAAAAUCAUGGGCAUUGAUAUGGAGUUGGUCCCCCCUUUGCUGCUAUAACAGCCUCCACUCUUCUGGGAAGGCUUUCCACUAGAUGUUGGAACAUUGCUGCGGGGACUAACUUCCAUUCAGCCACAAGAGCAUUAGUGAGGUCAGGCACUGAUGUUGGGCGAUUAGGCCUGUCUCACAGUCAGCGUUCCAAUUCAUCCCAAAGGUGUUGAGGUCAGGGCUCUGUGCAGGCCAGUCAAGUUCUUUCACACCGAUCUUGACAAACCAUUUCUGUAUGGACCUCGCUUUGUGCACGGGGUCAUUGUCAUGCUGUAACAGGAAAGGGCCUUCCCCAAACUGUUGCCACAAAGUUGGAAGCACAGAAUCGUCUAGAAUUUCAUUGUAUGCUGUAGCGUUAAGAUUUCCCUUAACUGGAACUAAGGGGCCUGACCCGAACCAUGAAAAACAGCCCCAGACCAUUAUUCCUCCUCCACCAAACUUUACAGUUGGCACUAUGCAUUCGGGCAGGUAGCGUUCGCCUGGCAUCUGCCAAACCCAGAUUAGUCCGUCGGACUGCAAGAUGGUGAAGCGUGAUUAAUCACUCCAGAGAACGUGACUAAGUUAGCCGUAGUUGGCUAGCUAGCAAGCAAGGGAUAAGUAUGGCUACAUUUAGAAUGAACGACUGUGUCGCGUCCACAGAUACAGAACAAAAAGACUGAAUGACUGGGUCGCAUCUCGUCUCGGGCAACUGAACCGAUAGAACGACCAGCCGGCUUGGGUAGCAACCCUAGAUUUGUGUCGGACUAUAUCUCGUGGAAGGAUGAAAUAGGAUUAAUACAUUUAAUAAAAAGAACUUUUUUAAUGAAAAUAUGUAAAUCAUUAUUUGAAUAUGUUGGUAACCCGAUGUAUAAAAGUGAUAAUGCCCUCGAAGCCGGUGUUUGGAGAAUAUAUUGGCACGGUUUCCGGCCCUUGACUUCGUCUCGGGCCUAACAACAUCCGUGCCAAUAUAUCCUCCAAACACCGGCUUCUCUGGCAUUAUUACUUAAAUAUUCUUAUGGUGUUCCUCAUCCUGUUGCAUGCAGUACAAUGUGUCCUCGUCAUGACCCCUGUGCUCCAUCUGUCUCUUAGGAGGAUAAGCCAGAGAGGGUGGUGGAGCGCGUAGCGGAGGAGAAUGUUCUGGACUCCACCAUGAGGGUGGCAUUGCAGGCCCGGGUUCGAAAGGAAAUGGAUAAACGGCGGAACAAACGCUGAAGGAAGAGACUGGAGUUAACAGAUAGUGGUGAUGAGAGGGUUGAGGAGGACCCAGAAGCCUCUGUUUACCAUCCAACCAACCCUCUCCCUGUAUGUAAAGAAUGCUAGUAGCAGAGGACUACUGUGGACCCUUAUCCUGAGGGACAGAGGGACUGUAAGCCAGGAUCUGAGUGACUUCACACAGCCAAGCCGUCCCAUAUGUGCUAGUGUACAACCAUGGGGAAUAGAUUGAUUUACAGAAGGGUAGAAAUGGAGCCGUCCUCAUAGCUCCUGUAUUGGGCUGGCAUUGGCUGUCAACCUGCUCUGACCAUUGGCUGUCAACCUGCUCCAAAGGACCGAGCUGAUAACAACCUGGACCCCUCUCUGAGCCACACCAGGCCCCAAAAACUGUAACCCCCCGUGAAUGUUCCUUUUACACCACACAGUGACAUCCUCAGCCCCAUAGAAAGUGUGCUGUGUAUUCUGUUUUAACAAAAUGUACUUUUUGUUUAUAUAGAUGUGGUUUAAAAAUAAUUUUUGGCAAAGUGCUGUUAAUGGGAUGACGUUGCAGUUAUGCGUUUUGUUUUCAUGAAAAAGUGACCAUUUUAUUUGCUCUGCAGGGUUAAAUAUGAGGUCACUGUGACUGAAGUAGUAUGGUUGUUUCGUGAUCAAUCUACUUUGACCAUUAGGCUGGAGAGCAAAUAUUUUGGUCGUAACAGUUUUUUGUGUUUGUGUUACAAAUGUGCCGUGGUCUUUAACUUCUCUCUAUUCUAAUUUAUUUUCGAUUGGCCUAUAUUUUCUGAGAUACUUUUAUUUUUGAUAAUGUACAUUUCUGGAGAGGUCCUUAUAGUUUCAG